AUGGACAGAUUUGUGAAUUCAAUGGGUAAGUACUUAACAAAACCUCAGAUCUACUACCAUAAUGAAGACUACUUCAUCAUACGAUUCAGUAGUAUUGAGGAGAGGGACCAAAUAUUGUACUCAGGGCCACAUACGAUUAAUAAUCGACCAAUAAUUAUGAAGGCAUGGUCGGAGGAGUUCAACCUACAUGAUGAGGUGCUAAAGACAAUCCCAUUGUGGGUUAAGCUGCCUAACCUACCUGUUAAUUGGUGGAGUAUGACAGCAUUAAGCAAAAUAGAUAGUGCCCUGGGUAACCCCAUCUAUGCUGAUGAAUGUACGACUGGAGCAGUAAGAAUUUCAUAUGCAAGAUUAUUAGUAGAAAUGGAUAUCACAAAGCCACUUCCAAGACAGGUGAAAGUGCAGGAUCCUAAAGGGAAGGAGAUGAUGCAGGAGGUGGAGUAUGACUGGGAACCCAAAUACUGCAGUAAGUGUUUGAAAAUAGGUCAUGAAUAUUCUGAAAACAGGAAGCCAAUACAGCAACAAAGAAAUAUUCAGCAGAAGAAGACUAAUAAGGGGAGAAUGGUAUGGGUUAGAGCAGAUAAAGAAGAAGGCAAUGAAACUAAGGAGAAAGACCAGACAAAAGAGAGCUCAAGACAACAAAGGACUGAGCCAGAUCAAGGGAGAGAUGGAAUGCAAAACAAGGAAGCAGGAUGGAUAACAGUAGCAGGCAAAUCUGCAGCAAGAGUAGCCACAGCAAAACAACAAGAAGUUCACAGUAUUGAUGAAGUUAAUACAUUCCAGAGCUUGAUGUAUGAUCAUAGGAAUGAAGUAGCAGGUACUAGCCAGACCAGUAGUCAAGGAGAGAAGAUAGCUCCCGGAUGGGAAUGGGUAUCUAAUGCUAGAACAAGACAAAAAGGAAAAACAUACAUCUUUGUUCCUAAGGAAAUUGAUGAACAAUUUAUCCAUGGGCAGAUUAGUAUGAAAUCAAAGCCAGUUAAUUUUGGUUUCACAGCAAUAUAUGGGCUACACACCAUCAAAGACAGGAAGCCUUUGUGGGCUAAACUGAGGCAGAUAAAUAGCAUCCAACAGGGUCCCUGGUUGGCAAUGGAAGAUUUUAAUGCAGUACUUCAUAUAACAGAUAGACAGCAUGGAUCAGAAAUUCAGGACAUGAAAGUAUUAGAGCCACUAAUAUCUGACCAUUCUCCUUUGAAGCUGAUGAUCACACAGGGGCAUACAAAGAAAUACAGACCAUUUAGAUUCUUGAAUUGCAUUGCUGACCAUCCUCAAUUUAUCCAACUAGUUGAAAAAGCUUGGAAGGAGGGAAAGGAAACUGGAAAAAUUCAAACAGUUUGGCAUAAGCUCAAAAGAACUAAGGAGCUUGUCAAGGAACUAAAUACACAGUAUUACAAAGGGUUGGAUGGAAAAAUUAAAGAGGCAAGGAAAGAGUUGCAAACAAUACAGGAAGACAUGGGCAAUAGAAGGCAAGACACUGUGCUAAUUGAGAAAGAGAAGAAACUGAAGCAGGAUUUAGAAAAAUGGGUGAACAUUGAGGAAAAUGUCUACAAACAAAAAUCAAAGGUGCAAUGGCUGAAACUGGGAGACUCCAAUUCAGGAUACUUCUUUGCACAAAUGAAGCAUAGAAACAGUACAAAUGGAAUUCAAAUGCUAUCAGAUGAUAUAGGAAAGCAAUUGGUUCUAGAUGAUGAAAUAGAAGCAGAAGUCCUGGGCUACUACAGGAACCUACUAGGUACAAAAGAUGACUCCAUUCCAGCUAUAAAUCCCAACAUAAUCAAAAUGGGAACUACAUUAAGUAGAGAACAACAACUGCACCUGAUCAAACAAGUCACUAAGGAAGAAAUAGGAGAGGCAUUGAAAGAGAUUAAUGAUCUGAAGGCUCCAGGAUAUGAUGGUUUCAAUGUAGUGUUCUUUAAGAAAGCAUGGGGCUGUAUAGGUGAAGAGGUGACACUGGCAGUGGAGGAUUUCUUUGAGACUGCACAAAUGUAUAAACUAGUGAAUUGCACAGCUAUAACUUUGAUACCUAAAGUCAAGAACCCAACAAGUAUAAAAGAAUUCAGGCCCAUCUCAUGUUGCACAGUGAUUUACAAGCUUGUGCCAGGAAGAGCUAUAACUGAUAACAUCAUAUUCAGCCAUGAGUUGGUUAAAGGAGAUGGGAGGAAAGGUGUAUCUCCAAGGUGUAUGAUGAAACUUGACAUGCAGAUAGCAUAUGAUUCAAUAGAGUGGGACUUUAUGGAGCAAAUGAUGCAUGCAUUAGCUUUCCCAGCACAGUUUGUUAGGUAG